AUGGUGGCUAUAGGAAGCCUCGAAGAAUCGGGUUUCCGCAAUUGCACUCGAUCUAGCGGCAUCAUCACCUCGUAUCAAUCGUGUCCGGACAUUGUUUCUUCGCUCGGCCACCCUCGGACAAGUGAGUUCGCCAGGCUGAGACAUGCCGUACGCACGCCAGAUUGGACUAAGCCAGUAUAUUUGGUCAAACAUCGUGUGCUGUUCAGGGCAGAGCUUACUGCACAAGGUACGGAUCAGCCAUGUUGCUCGCCAGAUCCAUCGAUGGGACCGCCAAACACGCCACACGAGAAUCGCUUCAACGCCACGAAGCUCAGUCUGCAAUGUCCCGUUGCAGGAAGGGCCAUUUCUGGACCAGCAUAUCCUCAUCAUGCAUACUGCAAGCUCUCCGUCGAAGCUCAAUUGACCCAUGUCAGCCAUCCUUGUCUUCUACUUCGCUCAACAGUUUCAGCACACAUUUUUGUAUUAUCAAGCAGGAUGAGUGUGCUCAAUGGUGCCGCAGAAACGAGGCAAGAACGUAUCCUCGUGACAGGAGGUGCAGGCUUCAUUGGGUCCAGACUUGUUUCAGCACUCUUAGAACGAGGAAAAGGGGUCAUCGUCCUCGACAAUUACUGGACCAGCUUCCCAGCGACUUUGAGCAGCGUCCGGGACAACCCCAAUUUCCGCUUCGUACAGGGCGAUGUGACGAGUCCAAUACCGAACGAGAUCGAAGCCUGCCAGCAGAUAUAUCACCUGGCUUGCCCUGCCAGCCCUAAGCAUUUCAACACGGAGCCAAUACGAAUCCUGGACACAUGUUAUCUUGGCACACGAAACGUGCUGAACAAGGCUCGAGAAUGGAAAGCAAGAGUUCUGCUUGCCAGUACAUCGGAAGUAUAUGGUCAGUCAGAACGAGACCCCCAAGACGAAACCUACUUUGGCAAUGUCAACUGCUUCGGUGAACGGUCCUGCUACGAUGAAGGCAAAAGAGUCGCGGAGGCUUUGGCAUACGCAUAUCGUGUCGAGCACGGGUCCUCGCUUGAGAUUUGUGUAGCUCGCAUCUUCAAUGCCUAUGGCCCAGGCAUGCACGCAAGCGAUGGCAGGGUCGUUUGUAGCUUCAUCGGAGCUGCAAUUGAAGGUCGAGAGCUGCUCAUAACCGGAGAUGGGGCUGCCACACGAUGUUUCCAGUAUGUCGAUGACUGCGUCUCUGGCCUGAUGAGUCUCAUGAGAAGCUCGUGGGAAGGCAGGCCGGUGAACAUCGGCAGCGAGAAGGAAACCACAAUCGUAGAUCUGGCACUCCUCGUCGUCAAAGCUGUGUCGGCUGCUACUGGACGGCCACAGGCAACGUUUAAAUAUAGUGACGCUUUGCCCGAUGACCCGGUGCAGAGAAGACCGGACUGCGCAUUGGCCAGAGAAGUACUCGGCUGGGUUCCAACAAUCGAACUGGCUGAUGGGGUCCGACAAACGAUUGAGUGGCAUCUUGGUCUGGAGGUGCGGACGGGGGAGGCGCCACUUCAGUGCAAGAGCACUUUGCCCGAUACAAAAGACUCCAUGUUUGACGCGGUCGAGGCGCGGCGGACCAUCUUGGGUCGGAUUGAUAGAAGCACGAGACGGAGGACCGGCGCUGUGAAGCGCAUUGAACGGCAUGAUCUUUGUUGGGCCCAAACUGCUGAUGAGGUCUGA